UGCACGUGCAACGGCUGAAAAAAUAGUUGACGAUUCCGUCCCUGUCCGCUCAGUCUUGAUGACAACGACCCUGUAAGCGACUCAUUCUCCCUGCAUACAGCCCGACGAGCUCAACCCUACGUGCCGCUCAAGUCCAGGCAACGUCAGUUCCCGUCCAGGGAUCCAUUUAGGUGAGGUUCUGAUUUUCAGGUGUGAGCGGGACGUCCCGAUCGCGGACAUAUGAUAGGCGCUUUUUACGGGCUCACCACGCCGCAUACCAUGGCCCCUUUGCUGGCACCUGCUCUGAAAGUCCCAAAGGGAGCACGUUGUUUACACGCCAAACAUCGGCUGAAAGACGACAAAGGCGGGUGGACAAUGGGAUUGUGAUGCGACUUGGUCGACGAUGGGGCCUUUCUGCGAGCUGGUUGCGUGUCGAGUCGAGGGCAGAGGCGGCUUUGUCGUUUCUCCUCGAUAUAAGCCUACGAUGAGGCGUUGAGGAGGAGCAACGACCCAACCGCCACCACUUCCUGCAGAAAUUCCAACCGAUGACGCAAGCGCAUUACGGAUCCCACGCACGAUGGAACACGCCGUGCCAGGCUGCGACCCAAAUCGACGGCCGGCUGCCAGACUACUGGCACUCCGACCAGGACGCGGUGAUAAUCAACCGGCCUGCGGACUGGAAAACGAGGGGCUACUCCUCUAUCCCCUUCCGUUCCAGCGGCGGCGGCUCGUGUUCUCUUGGUGUCGCAUUGCUUAAUUUGGAGAGCGGGCUGGGAACGGCGCAUGGCGAGCAAUGCGCUGCGGAGUGUUUGCCCGGCGGGCUCGUCGCCGAAAGAACAGUGAAGCUGAUGAUCGAGUGGCCCGGAUAUCGCGCACGACUCUAUCCCCUCGAUAUGGCAGACGCAUCGACUGGUCGCUAUAUGACUCGCCGCCAACUUGGUGAACAGAUCACCCGUUUGUGGAAGGACUUCGCGAACCGCAACCGCCACGAGACACCCAGCUCCCAGCAACUUCACCUCACGCUCAGCACGAACGGGGUCAUUUACGACCAAGUUCGGCUGGUGGAACUGUUCACGGACGACGGAACCCUCUUUCGUCUGGUAUAUGGUGUCGUCGCAAACUAUCUACAUUGCUGAUUGGAUGGGGACGUCUUUUUCCGAUGCGGUCAUUGUAGUACUAGGAUCUUGUAGUAUCACGCUGUCAAGCGACCUACUUAUUAUACGUACACUAGGACUUUACAACAAUAGGACAGAAUAGGACAGACUAAUUGCAGCCGCGUGUGCCCUUGUGUACUCACGUCAGACCGCAAAAGUGCCGACGAUCCGUGGAUAUUCUUCCUUGAUCGGAGGGUGGUGAUCGAGUCCGCCACGCUUCCAACGUGGAGGGUCUGAUUGUGAUCCUCCCCCCUCCGACGCCGGCCCGCGGAGUUCUCGGGACGAUUUCGAGCGAGAUAUUGCGCGCAUGCACCGGAUCUUAUGGGGCGGAAAGCACGUUAUGGAAGUAUCGCACCAGCGCAUGGUAACGCAGAAGUAGCGAGAGGAUCGUCGCUCCGGAGCAGUUCAGCAUCCGAGACGGCCCGGCGCCACCCGGAUAGGUAUGAGUCAUAUAUGGGCCUGGCCGGGAGCCACCGCUCGAGCCCGCUCACCAAAUCCAAAACGGCCUUGCCUGUCCGUUUCAAGGCCGGUCGGUCCAAGCGUCCCGCGGAAUUAGCCUUUGAACAUCGAGCCCGAUAUCUGUGCUGCUUAUCUUGCCCUUCGACAGAAUGGACGACAAGACUGGGGCUACGAUGACAGAGCCAUGGAAAGAAGUAUGAGAACUGUGUGGGAGACGACUCGCGAACAGCCGGCUCAGUCUAUCUAUAUGCACCAAUGAAUUGAGCAUCUCGUCCGAUGCGGUCGGUAUCGUUCCUGCCGCCCAUGCUCGAGACUGCAGUUCCCGAGCAGGCGCUAAAAGUGGUUCUCUUCGUUUUCGAUCAUCUCCGGUCAACGUUGGCAGGUGUCACGAUUAGCCUUGCU